AUGAGCGGAUCCGGCGGGGAGGAGAUUAUCCGUAUCGCUAAGAAGAUGGAGCGGAUGGUUCAGAAGAAGAACACGGCUGGGGCUUUAGAUUUAUUAAAGGAACUUAAAAAUCUCCCAAUGACUCUGGAGCUUCUUCAGUCCACACGAAUUGGAAUGUCGGUGAACGCCAUCCGUAAACAAAGCUCCGAUGAUGACGUGACCUCUCUAGCCAAAUCGCUCAUUAAGUCCUGGAAAAAACUUUUAGAUGGCCCUUCAGAUGACAAAGAUCAAGAGGAAAAGAAGAAAGACCAACUGCCUCCUGCCCAGAACAGCCCAGAGGCCAGGGAAGAAAGCAGUUCAAGCAGUAAUUCCAGCUUUCGGAAGGAGGACUGUGCUGCCUCAUCUGACAACUACAUUACCUCUUAUCCACGGGCACCUAGUACAUCAGACCCUGUUAGGAUUAAAUGCAGAGAGCUGCUGUCUGCAGCCCUUAAAACAGGAGAUGAUUACAUUACAAUUGGUGCAGAUGAUGAGGAGCUUGGGGCUCAGAUUGAAGAAGCUGUGUAUCAAGAGUUUAAAAACACGGAUGCAAAGUACAAGAACAGAGUUCGGAGCAGAAUUGCUAACCUAAAGGAUGCAAAAAACCCAAACUUGAGACGAAAUGUCCUUUGUGGCAACAUUUCUCCAAAUGUGUUUGCCAAGAUGUCUGCAGAGGAAAUGGCCAGUGAUGAGCUUAAGGAAAUGAGGAAGAACCUGACUAAGGAGGCCAUCCGGGAGCACCAAAUGGCCAGGACUGGUGGUACACAGACUGACCUGUUUUCCUGUGGAAAAUGUAAAAAGAAGAAUUGCACUUACACACAGGUUCAGACCCGCAGCGCUGAUGAACCUAUGACAACAUUUGUAUUCUGUAAUGAAUGUGGAAAUCGUUGGAAG